AUGUUAAAUACGACGAAAAGUAUUAAUGCCUCGCUGUAUACUUCGUCACUCAAGUUGUUAGCAUCUAAACGGUUCAACUCAUCAGUGUCAUCUUCAAACACAAAGAAAGAGCGUGACGAACACGUGAAAAAAUUAAAACAAUAUUAUCCUCCUUCAUUAAUUAAGUCGAUUUUGGCCGCGGAAGCAUCGAUUUCCCCUGAACAAUGGGCCGACAGAAAGCCCAAUCAAACCACUGAGUUUGGCCCUAUAUAUACCGAUGAUUAUGCUAAAUAUCAUCCUUUAUACGACUUUCCUAAGCACGAAUGGCUGGAUAAAAGCAAACCAUGGCAACCUAUUCCUCAAAGACUCCCCCCUGGUGUCGCACUUAUUCCUGAUGAAUACAGCUCGAAGUCAGCCUCGAACAUCAACUUGUCUAAAUUGGAACAAUUAACUGGUCUAUCGGUUGAGUUUUUGAAAACCCUCACAGCAAAACCAUUGAUUCGAAAACGGGUUGUUAAUAUGACCAGAAAAGGAAAACAACCGAGUUUCUAUGCGUUGGCUGUUGUUGGAAACAGAGAUGGACUAGUGGGUCUUGGUGAAGGUCGUGAUUCGAGCCAACCAUCACUAGCCAUUGCUAGAGCUCACUGGAAUGCUAUAAAAAAUCUUCGCCAUAUUCCCAGGUUUGAAGAUAGAACUAUCUUUGGUAACAUCGAUCAUAAAUCUGGUGCUGUGGUUCUCAACUUGAGAGCUUCUACCCCUGGUUCAGGUCUCCGCGUUAAUCACAUUAUUUAUGAGAUUUGCAAGGCUGCUGGUAUUAAAGAUCUCGUGGGUAAUGUAUACAGAUCGAGAAACCCCAUGAACGUUGCGAAGGCUGCUGUUGAGGCUCUUUCUGAGAAGCAGGUUUCAAUUGAUGAGAUUGCAGCCUCUAGAGGUAAAAAGAUUGUCGACGUUACAAACACAUAUUAUAAUUUUUAG